CGCCUACAUUGAGGCCGCCUACAUUGUCACGUGACCGCUUGUGUCACGCGAUUAUUGAAUAGUCAACACUUGUACAUUUUCCCGUUAAAUUCAUCGUGGACCUUUACUUAAUUACAACAUAUAUGUGACACUGUAGGCUGAAUGCGCCAGGUCCUACAGGCUUUAAACCGAGUAUGCAGCGCAGUAUUCUCUGCUAAUACCAUUUGUGCCUUCAAGUCAUCUAAUACAAUGGAUUUUCAGGUGGUGAUCUUGGUUUUGGCUUUGCUGGGCCUCAGCUCAGCGCUGGUCUGUCCUGAUGGAGGCAUGUGUGAAGACAGAAACACCUGCUGUAAGAACACCGUGGGAGGAUACGGGUGCUGUCCACUACCUCAUGCAGAAUGUUGUGCAGACCACCUCCACUGCUGUUAUGAAGGAACCCUGUGUGACUUGGUCCAUAAAAAGUGUGUUAAUAAAACUGUUUCCCUGCCCUGGCUAAGACGGCUUCCUGCCAAACAGGCCUUUUCUGUCUCUCAGCUCAGUGAGAGCCUGAAGGUGGUUGUCUGUCCAGGAGAUGAUGCAACAUGUCCAGAUAACAGCACUUGUUGUCAGCUUCAUGGAGGCAACUGGGGCUGUUGUCCACUGCCCAAGGCUGUCUGCUGCGGUGAUAAACACCACUGUUGUCCUGAGGCAACAACGUGUGAUAUAACGAAACAAAAGUGUGUCUCUGCCUCAUUGGAGUCUUUCCCCAUGUUGGAAAAACUACCGGCUCUGCAGAACAAGGACAAUUCAGAUGAGGGUGUUGUCUCAGUGACCUGUCCAGGUGGUAAAAGCAGUUGCCCAGACAGUUAUACCUGCUGUCUGCUCACCAGUGGAGACUAUGGCUGCUGCCCGUACACAGAGGCUGUGUGCUGCAGCGAUCAACUCCACUGCUGCCCCAGUCACACAGAGUGUGAUGUGAAGCGUGGCGUCUGCAGGUCGGCUCAGACAAUAGUACCGCUGUUGAAGAAAGUCCCAGCUGUUCCCAAUGAUGUUAAAUGUCCAGACAAGAAGACGGCCUGUCCUGAUCAGACCACCUGCUGCCAGAUGACCAACGGCUCGUACGGAUGCUGCCCAAUGCCUAAUGCCGUCUGCUGUUCAGAUCACAUGCACUGCUGUCCUGAAGGAACCAUGUGUGACCUACGGCACAGCACCUGUGUGUCCACUCAGGGCAAUACUGUCACCAUGGCUUCUGAGGUCAAUGCUGCUGUGACGGAGCUGGUGCUCCCUCAGCUGUCAGAUGCUUCUGUUCCCUGUAAUGAAUCUGUGGCCUGUGCAGAUGGAAAGACCUGCUGCAAAAAAAAACAGGGUGACUGGGGCUGUUGUCCUUUACCUGAGGCUGUCUGUUGCGAGGACCACUUGCACUGUUGUCCCCACGGCACCAUCUGUAACCUGGCAGCGUCCACCUGUGACGAUCCCACAUACAACACCGCAGUGACGCCUUGGCUUAGGAACGAGCCUGCCUUUUCUUUACAGUCGGACAACAACAAGUGCGAUGAAACCACGUCCUGUCCUGGGAACUCCACCUGCUGCGGGGCCGCGGGGGGAGAGUGGGCCUGUUGUCCUCUGGCUGAGGCUGUGUGCUGCGACGACCACAUCCACUGCUGCCCCUAUGAUACAACAUGCAACCUGAAGGCUCAAACCUGUAAGGAUCCUUUCGGUUUUGUUCCUUCAAUUUCCUGGAUGAAGAAGCUCUCUCCUCUGACUAUUAAGGUUGGGAAUGAGAACUGUGACGGACAAACCAUGUGUCCAGGGGGCACGACCUGCUGUAAGAAGACUUCUGGACUGUGGGCCUGUUGUCCGUUACCUCAGGCCGUGUGCUGCAGUGACCAGGAGCACUGCUGCCCCAAAGGCUACAAGUGUAACGUGGCUCAGCAGACGUGUGAUAAACCCGGUGGUCUGACUCUGCCCUGGCUGCUGAAAGUACCUGCCCUGCAGAGGGAGCCCACGCGGGCUGUAUCACUUCCAGCUCAGCUUGCCAGGAAAAUGUGUGACUCCAAUACCAGCUGCCCCAAGGAUACAACCUGCUGCUUCAUGGAACAGACCCAGAAGUGGGGCUGCUGCCCUCUGCCCACGGCUGUCUGCUGCAGUGAUGGAGUCCACUGCUGUCCCAACGGUCACACCUGUGAGCCACACAAGUGGUCCUGCUCCAGGGGUCCUCAUGUCAUACCCUGGUUCACUAAACUCAGUGCUUACAGUGAACCAGACUCAGUGACUGAUGUGAAAUGUGACAACAAGAGCAGCUGUGCUGCAGGAACCACCUGCUGUAAACUGCCCACAGGAGAGUGGGGCUGCUGCCCUCUGGUCAAGGCGGUGUGCUGUGAAGACCACCAGCACUGUUGUCCUCAGGGAUACACCUGCAACAUGAAGACGGGGACAUGUGACAAGAAGGACAAGAACGUCCUCACACACACCCUCCAUCAGAUCAAAGUGGUACAGCCCCAGUCCCAGUUCUCGGAGGACGACGUGGGCGUACCAUGUGACAGCACGGGAGACCUCCAGUGCUCUAAGAGCGAAACGUGCUGCAAGACAUCACCCUCAGGGUGGGCCUGCUGCCCCUCCCCUCAGGCCGUCUGCUGCUCCGACUCUAAGUACUGCUGCCCUGCAGGAUUCACCUGUGACUCGAGGACAGCAAGCUGCAGCAGGAUAAACAGCAACCAACUGAGCUGGGACACUUUCUUUGGAGAUAAACGGAGAGACUUUGUCCCACGCGGACUUUAAUUUAACUGAGAUAUCUGCACCUUAGGAGAUGUUUUCAUUUUGUGGGUAUUAUGGGAUACACCAUGGUUGUAAAAACAAACUGUCGAUCACUGUGGUCUGCUGCGGUCGUUCACACUUGAAACACAGGCAGUCGACUCUUUUGCUCAGCAUUUGGAAAUAGGUUUGUGAACUGAUGUAAAGGGGGUUUGCUAAAUUUUUCUUAUUGUCUACAAACCAAUGAAAACUCCAUGUCUUCUUAAUGGAGACAUUUUAACUAAUAAGUUAAAGCUAAUUUAAAUAAUUUGUCAUUUGUCUUUUGUCUGUCACUGUUCUUUAGACUUGUUUCAUCCCUAAUGUUGACGAAGCACACCAGCGAUUCUUAUUUUUUCUGUCGGUCUGUCACCAGGUGUUGUCCACAUAAAGGUUCGGUUUGUUGUUUAACUGUGAAUUUGAUUUGUGUGUUACUUAAUUUUUCCAUUUAUUGUGUUUUUUAUGAUUGAGGGUGAAAUGCCCAGGAGUAAAAAAUAAACUUGGGUUGUUUUUUUUGUUUGUUUAAUUUAAAACUAUUCAAAAAAUUGUUUGAAGAGUUAAACUGCUGUUAAUUUUGGACAAUAUAAAUCAACAGGUCUAAACAGGCUGGAUAUGCCUUCUACAGCUGUAGUGCAGAUGGUGCUCAUCAUGUUUAAAUUACACAAGUAUUUAUUUCUUGGACAAUGAAGUGGAAAUUUCCUAUUUAAUAUAAGUGAAACACUGCUUAAGUGACAAAUAAAAACAAGAAGUUGUCCUUUAUCAAUCACAUUGAAGACUUUAGGUGAGGUCUUUUUCUGAUGCCAGUUAUGUUUGCACACAAUUUCUUGCCAAAAGUUUUAAAAAAAAAGAAAAUUCAAGAUCAGUCUUUUUUUUUUUUUACUUUAAAUCAUUUUAAGCAAACUAUCAUUUUAAGUCUCUGUAAAUGAACUUGAGGUCUUAGUUUAAAAGAAUAUCUUGAUAUAAAUAAAAUCAUCAAGCAGU